UUAACCCACACAUAUUUUUUCUUUUUUGAGUGAUAUGGACACUCUAGCUCACGUUAUAAAUACAUGUUUAGGAACAGGAAUAAUUUCUAUGCCUGCUGCCAUAGAAGUUUCUGGCUUAAAAAUAGGUGUUAUUUCAACUGUUAUUGUUUCGAUAAUUUGUACUCUGGCCUCAUAUAUAUUAAAAAUCCAUAGAAAAUAUACUAAAACACGAAGAAGCUUUGCCGAAAUCAUUGAAGAAGCUUAUAGAAGAAGACCUAAGUGGUUGAGGCCCUUUGCCAAACCGAUAAGACACACCACACCAAUAACAUUCUUUUCCAUUUACUUUAUAAUAUGUUCUUGUUUUGAUGUUAUCAUAGCACAAAACAUUAAGAACAUAUUUAUUCAGUACUUAAAAUUUCCAAUACGCGAUGUUAUACUUAUAAUACCAUUCAUAGUAUUAGCUAUGCUUCCAACGCUCAAACUGUUGCCCUUUAUUUCUAUAGUUGGUAAUACUUGUAUGUGUAUGGGACUUGUAAUUAUUCUAUAUUACAUACUCACUGAUAUCCAAUGGACAAAUAAAAGGUCAUUCUAUGGUGAUUUUUCAAAUUUACCAAUGUCUAUGACUAUCACUAUCAUUGCUCUAGAAGCGGUAGGAGUGUUCAUGCCUCUGCAGAACUACGUUGACAACUGUCACCAAUUCACCGACAUAUGCGGAGCAAUUCCAGGAAUGUGUGGUGCUUCUUUAUUUUAUAUUAUACUGGGAUUUUUCGGUUACAUUAAUCCUCGAAAAAAAGUCAACGAACCUCUAAACGAUAAUCUGCCAGGAGACAUCUCUAUCGUACUAGCAAUAAACACUUUAAUAGCAUUUGCGUGCUUCUGCACCUUCAGUCUUCAAUUUUAUAUGUGCAUGAACGUCGCCUGGAUCAGACUUAAACACAAAUGUCCUAAGCAAGAAACGUUAUAUCAGUAUGGACUGAGAAGUAUCAUGACUAUCAUGUGUAUAGUUAUUGCAAUUAUACUACCAACAAUCUUGCCAUAUAUUAAUUUAAUUGGUGCUUUACUGAUUCCGAUUUUUGGUUUAUUACUACCAGGUACAGUUGAACUUAUCACCCAGGACAGCUUCAAAACUUUAAACUGGAAAAAACUGAAGGACAUAAUUUCUCUAAUAUUAGGCACUGCAGUCCUUAUUUUUGGCUCAAAAUCAGCUAUUUUUGAUAUAAUUGCAUUAUACUCUAACUGA